AUGGCCCAAGUUCAUUCUUCCCCAUUUGAUGAAGAAUUCUACAGCCUGCUGGCCGAGUUACAGCCAUCAUCCUCGUUCAAAUGGUACCAAACAGCAAUCGUUGCGCUUGGUGCACUGAACUAUCCUGAAGAGAUACCAAAAUUGUAUAAGAUACUCCUAGACGCGUACAUCCCCAAGGAGAUCUGGCUAGAGGAAACGCGAAAGAUUCGAGAGGGAUUGACCAAAGCCUGCGGGAUUAUGGGCGCAGCAAAGACAGGGUCAAGCCUUCGUCAGCUAGCGACUGCAAUACCACCUGAACUUAUGGAGUCAACAUAUCACCGGGCGGGUGAUACACAAGAGACAGCCUUCAAACGAGGCCGAAAGAUGUUCUUUCAGAUCUACGGAAACAUUCCUGGAUACGACGAGGGCAAGACAUUGCAUGCAAGUCCUGACUACUACCAUAUCGUAAAUGUUCUAGACAUCCUAGAGACAGAGCAAGUUAUUGUUUCAGCGUUGUUAGGAAUAGACUGUCCAGAGCAGGCAAAGAACCAUAUUGUGGGUAUUCUAGCCAACGGGGGACGGGACGAGGAUCUUCAAUUCAUUCGUGAUAUUGUCUCUCGGAUUGCUGAUCGAGGCCAUGUGCAGCUGCGCAGGGUCUCCAAGUUCGAGACACCACGGCUUGAUUCGUCAAACUAGAGUAGAACUCUGGCAAAGGGGUUCAUCGGAAAGAAACGACUUGAUUUAUGUACAUAGGCGUGGUAGCUGCCCACAGUUUAUUGCAAUAUUGUCCAACAUGUCAAGCGCAUUUCUUAUGUACCCAGGUUAUUUCAAAACCAAUCCUUCCACCAAACCCAAUAUUAGAACAAUUCAGAAAAUAGCAAUGGCAUUCGGCGGCGUGGCAACAGCCCCUGUGUAAUUCAAGGGCGCAGAUGUUAUAAAAAAGGACCAGCGGCUCAAUCGCGCGCACCCUUCAGCCAGGUCGUCAAGAUCGAACAGCUCUCCUAUUGGUGUCCCCCAUCCUGAAAGAAGAAUGGGGUGUAGCAUAUAUUCUGGAUCAGCCGGAGCUGUCACCAUCGUCUCAUUAGUACGGGAUUG